CCAGGCAAAUCAUGCAUGUUCCCGAUGCUGCCACUGGAGUUGAUGAAACAGAUUCAACGCUAUCCGCUGGUGAUUCAGAUCUACCGCAAAAAUCGAGAGAGCCAGUAUGAUUUGGUUGGAGGAGCAAAAGUGAGACUUGGCCCAGACUUCGAAGAUCUGAUUAUUGAAGCUGGUGAAGAAGAUACACAACUUCCUAUUUCAAACAUAUUGGACAGUGAACUGCCAGUGAAGGAUAUCUUUGGAGUUCCGAUUGGAAAAAUGAACCUUUUCUUACGCUUAUCAUGCUAUGGGGUGACAAUUGUCAAUCAGUUUCAGCUGAUAGGUGAGAAUGGCGAGUAUAUGUUCAGAAACGACAGAAAAGAUAACACUUUGCAGGCUCAGAAGCAGAGAGAUUUCUUAUUCGGGCAAGAGCCUUAUACCACAGCGAAGCUCGUUGACCCGAACAAUGCACGAGAUUUGAAACCAAUUAUUGCAACAGAAGAGAAUGUACUUCCUAUCACAGGUGCCGAGCAGUUUCAAGGAGGAGAGCAGGGAUUCAAUACAUUCCCAGCUCGCCAGGUGAACCCAAACGCGAGAUUCAAAUUUGUAAAUCGUGCUGGAGAACUCAAUGACUCAGUUCCCAGACAUUUCAAUCCUAACUGGUUGAAGAAAACACCCAGCAAUGUGGAGCAUAAUGAAGAUGGAAUCCCACGUGAUAAAGAUUUCGAGAAAUUGGCUUGGAUUGAAGCACUUUCCAAGAUCAAAGAUCUUUUUCUCAAUGAUGAUCCUAGAGUGGAAAACGAAAGAAGAUCUUGUUGUAAUGACUGCUGUGGUGCGAAGAAUGAUUCCAUGGGAGCUAAACGUAAAUUCCCUAGACUACCAGAAAGUAUACCUUUUCCCAUUAAAAAUAAUAAUGAUGCUGGAGAUAUACAAACAUGUUUUUUUGGGCCUUUCAAACGCGGUGCGAAAGAAUACAAAGAACCUGGAGAAACCAAGGAACCUGAAGAAACCAAAAGGUAUCUUCCUGGAUUAUCGCCCGAAGAAGCUCAUCUUCGUCAUUCAACUGAUGAACCUGGAAUAUUACAAAAAAUUGUAUCUUACAGUCCUAUAUCUUGGCUCUUGAACAAUAUCUCUGAUGAACCCAUUGAUGCUGAGACUUUGGCUUGGGCCCUGGCCAUAAAGCUUUUUUCCAAUGCCCUGCCUGAUCCCAACUCUGAGAGGAGAGAUGAUAAAUCAUACACUGGAGGCUCGAAUAAGUAUUCGAAAAAAGACCAUGAACGUGUCGUCAAGCUACCAAACAGCAUACCACUUACAAACGAUGAUGGGAUGGGGAUAAGUAAAUUUGCUUUCGAAUCGUCCAAAUAUCCCAAUGAUUGGAAUAGGACUGGAAAAAAAGAUGAUCAUGAAUGUUUUUUUGAGAGUAUGCAUAAGCGUCAAAAAGCAUAUCCAUCAAUUUCUAAAUUUUCCAGCUCACCAUGUGAGAUGAACGUGGCUAGUAGCUCAGACAGUAACAAUAUCAAAGUUGGGGCUCCAAGUAGCAAGGAGAAAGUUGAUUUGAGCGUAGAGGGUCAAAUAGACCAUAAAGAUAGUAAAACGGAGAAGCCAAUUCCCGAGUCUCAAACUAUGACAGAAAAAGCUCUGGAAUUGAAAUCGGAAUCAUUCAACAGAGGAGAUCAAUCUAGUCUUCAUGCGGUUGAAGAAAAACCAAUAAACCAUCUUGAAUUUCCAAAUAUAUUGGUCCCAAGGUCACAAAAAGUGAAAUCUGACAGUACAUUGACGAAAAGUUCAAGAGGUAAAAUGAGACGGAAAGAUAGCGCUGAAAUGUUCAUGGAGUAUAAAGGAAAACUGGCGAAGAAAAUUGUAGAGAGGAAAGUAGACUCUCCAACAACAAGGAUGAGGAAGAAAUACAUGAGCAUCUACAAGUACACGGAUGGAAUGUAUCCCGGAAUUAAUGUAGGUCAUAGACAUUGUGCACAUCUCAGUAGAAAUGUCCCGAAAUCGAUGGGAUGGCUUUGGAAUACGGCCGACAGUGGUGAUGGGCUAAGAAAACGCCGAGGCUGGAAACCAGGCGCCAUUAACAAAACUAUCGCCAACAUGAUCAAGAUGACGAAGGUGGCGGCGGGCAUCGAGGUGGCCGUUGAGGAGGAGCGACCAAAGGGCCCGAAGGUGGUGCGCAAAGUACGACGACCGAUAUCGGCCGGCAGCGGCACGACAGCGACCAGCGAACAGCACGACGAUGACGAAUACUACGACACGAGUCCACUGCCGCCGACGCUGCACGUGCACAAGAAGGACGGCGUCUACUUCAUCUCGAUGAAUCCGCUGCGACUGGAGGAUGAUGACGACGAACAGGUUCCGCUCAUGUUCAAGAUCGACGCCGAUCCGUCGACCUCCUCGUCAGAGUCGUCGCUCGAGAUAGAGUGCACUGCGCCUGGUGCGCUGCGUCGGCGUCAGAUCAAACCUCCCCCAGUUUGUCAAGACAAGCAGACUGCAACCGAAGAUGUUUAAUGAGAACAAAUCAAUCGAGGAAAUUAUCAUUGGUUGUAGAUGGAGCUGUUUUUGAGUGAAUAGUCAUGAUGAAAUUAUUUUCAAUAACAUAAAAACCAUAGAGAAAAAAAUUGGAGAUUAUUUUGAUGUUUGAUAACUGUUUCCAACACUUCAUCAAUAUAAAGCUGACCUCAAUGUGAUUUAAACAUAAAUAGCAGUGGAUUUGUCAAAUAUUGAAUUCAAUUAGUAUGUUGUUUGUAUUAUUCAUUUUUUUUCAUAGUAUCCUAUGAAACAACCAUUUGGUGAUACAAAUUGAAAAGGAGAUCUUGAACAUGAUUCAACAAUCUGGAAUUAGUUUUCUCUGUCUCCCUCUGCUGAUAGUGAUUUCGGUUUCAAUUAAAAAUCACUGGAAGAGAGUUUUCACCCAAUAGAGAGUUAAUUUAAGCUUUAAUUGAACUUGGAUGUUGAUUUUUCGAAUCAACAAG